AUGGACGGAAAGCUAGCAGGAGCCCUGGAUGAUGGCAAAAUAAUCAUCUAUUCUGUGUCGAGAGCAUUUGAGAUUGUUUAUCAGCCGGUACGUCACGCCAGUCCACGUACUGUAAGAGGGCCGACGGACCGUGUUGAGGGUAAGGCUAUCCUUACAGGCCAGCGGAAAUCCCGAACCUUCCCGUCUCAACCCACUGCAAGCCAAAUACUAGCCAGCUCAACUUUCGAAAGCCAUCUGCUUCGGCGGGAGUUCUUUCCCUGGCGCCCUGGAGAGAGUGGCCAGAGCAUCGAACAAAAGGGUGAAAGUUUAAUGGUUAAUUAUAACUAUGUCCGAUGUGACAAAUCGGGCCUGAAACAAACUUCCAGACUAUUGUCUCGGGAAACUGCUUCGACGCUCAUCCCACCCGGUUCCUUGGUGCUUCUUCGGGUGUUCCAUUCUAGUUUCCUAGCUUGCAGGAAGCUUCAUUACUUUAUGCAAGCUGUCAUGGACACGACCCAGCAUGUUCUUUCAUUCAUUGGGGCCCCCAACCUUGACAUGUCCUUCGAAGCAGUUCGACUGGCAUGGACAUUGCUGGAACUAUCUCGUGGUCUAGCCAAUUAUUGGAAACGUCCCUGA